UGCAGGCCCGUGACGCUCCUUGCUGUUAGCCUCGAUGACACUGCGCUCAACGGUGUUCGACUCGAGCGGCAGUCGCGUUGCGAGUCUCGGCGACACACGACUCAAUGUGCAGAUCUCCAUCGAUGAGGAGGCUGAGACUGAGACGCAAGCGCGCCCAGAGCUUGUCAAAUGCCCCGAGCUGCUGCUUACAGGGAUGGAGCUGGAGACGCGCACGACGCUGCGCAUUCUUCACAAGAAGGGCCGACGCUUCGAGUCCCCCUGGGAGCCCUUCUUCGUCGGUGUCUACGCGCACACACUCUUCUACUACGCAAAUCUGGGCGAUUGGCCGCGUGGUGUUAUCCCGCUGGCGGACGCAGAGGUCAAGGCUGUGGACCGUAUCUUCCGUCAUGGUGAUGCGUCCUGCGACGGCGACGACUGCGGCCCGUGCUGGAAAGUCACGUCCAGUAGCGGUCGGGUUCUUCUCUUCCGCGCUCCAUCGUACGAUGCACGCUUGGAGUGGAUAGAGCAACUGCGUCAAGCCACAGGAACAUUCAGGAAGGUCAGCAUGGACGGUAAGGCUGCGCUGGCAUUGGCACGAAGACUAUCUAGGUCCUACAGCUCUGCUUCUUCGACAUCCGCUUCGUCUACCGUGAUUCUGCAGUCACCACGACAUCGGAGGAGAAAGCGCAUGUCUGAAGACGACUCGGAACAGACGGAGAUGCUUCGUGAUGCGCUGCGUAUGGUGGAGAAACAGAGAAAAGAGAUCGAAGAACUUCAGAAGCGUCUGAAGAAGUUUGAGACGAAGGAUAAGGAACUACAGAAGGCAGGUGAAAGUGAAAACGAGCAGAUUGAAAGCGACGCUGACGAAGAGAUCGAUCUGGAUACGAUGCUGGAUGGGGACGCUAUUGAGAUAUGUACUGGGGAUGACAACGACGCCGACGGCGAGAAAGAGAGUGUUGGCGUUAAGCGAGAAGAAGGAAGAGAGAACAUACAGAGUCUGAGUCUAGUGGAUGAGUCGAUGGAGACGCUCUCAAAUCACGAGGAUGAGCUGGAUACUCAAGAGGUCGAGAAGGAUUCGAUUCAACAGCAAGCAACGGAAUUGGCGGAGAUGGCACGAAACAUGCACAAGGAUGAUACUGAUUCAGCCUCGACUCGUGAAAGCAGUGAGGACGGUUCUUUUUUCUCCAGUUUCAAAGGGUCAAAUAGCGGCACUGGCGUCUUUGAUUCCUGUGCGAGCUCUGGAAAUGACUUUUUGCAGCAGCAAGCGAUGGAACUUGCAGAAAUUGCCCGCAAUCUGCAGUCUUCAUUCCGAUUAGAUCCCAAACCAUCGAAGAUAUCUCUGAAAACAUCUUCCAGUUCGUCGUCACUCUUUGAGUCGCAGUCGUCAUUGUCUGAUGUCACCGACUUCGGUCUGAACCAGAUCAACUCAAACGAAAGCAAUGAAAGCAUUUUCUCCAUUACACAAGAUGAUCUGUUCUUCGAUGAAGAUGAGGAAGGAGAAAUCGAGCGUCUUUCCGAGUUUGAGGCGUCGGACAGUCAGUUUUUGGAGGCGAGUGGCUUCUUGGACUCGAUCCACCAGGUCAUGAAGGACUUUAUUGUGUCUUCCCAGCCAGAUCAGUCACGCCAGCCGGACCAAUUAGUCAUCAGUGAUGAAAUUAUUGCUGAAAUUCGCCAAGGGAUCGACGCUGAACCUUCAAAGAGAGUGGAUGACCUCGACGAAGCUCACAGGCAACGUGCUUUACGCUCCGACUCGCCUGCUACAGACUCGUCCAUGGAUACAAGUCCGAGGAUACGCAGUCUCUUCUCCCACGCUAGAUCAGCACGCGACUUUUUCAAUGGAGACAUUGAGAUGUCCGUACGAGCCCCGAAAGAUCUUCCAUCACUAGUGGUCGAAGAGACCAUGUCUGUUGUCGCCUCGAUCCUACAAAGUGCAGGCCGAGAAGAUAAAAUGCUGUCGCUUGCUCCUUUUCUUCGGGUUUUUGGCAGUCGCAACCGUCUGAGCCACUUGAUCCGAUGGGCAAUCGAGAUUGAAGUCGCGUCGGUCAUCAACGUAGCGACGCUCUUCCGUUCGGAUGAUUACGCGAGUCGAUUAGUCUCCACGUAUAGCAAAGCGAUCGGGUCAAAGUUCAUCCGUGUGGCUCUAUCGGAUCCCAUCCGCCAGAUAUUUAAGCUGAAGAUUGCCGACAUGGAGCUCAACCCGCACAAGGAGGAGUCUCUGCAGGAUGAGACUCAAGUGGAUACCAACGCUGCCAAUUUGAUGCGGACGUGUCAAAACAUCAUCGACUCGAUCGUGAAAAAUACGCACUGUAUACCGUCGUCUUAUUUCCACAUUUGCUCGCACUUAAACUCGAAAGUCAUCAGCCGUUUUGAUGGCUCAAAGGAGGGUGUUGAGGCGGAGGACGCAUCGACGCUCACUCGGUCUGUAAUCGGAGGUUUCCUAUUCCUUCGUUUCGUGUGUCCUGCCAUCACUACCCCGCAUUUGUACGGCCUUACGAAGCAGCUUCCGCCACCUGAGACUCGACGAGCUCUUGUGCUAGUCACCAAGCUACUGUUCAAGACUGCAACUGGUGUGAAGUUUGGAGACCGAGAGCCCCAAUUCAAGGUUCUUAAUCCUUUCAUUGAGAAAAAUUCGCCAGCAAUUCAGCAGCUUUUUGCCAAUCUGGCCAUGUCACCUAGCCAAGAUAUUGAUGAGUGCUUCGCUUCGGAUAGUCGUAAGAUCUACUCCAACGUAUCCUCAUCGCAGUUGGUCGAGGAUCUAGAGACUAUUCGCUCAAUUUCGGAGAAAAACCUGGAAGAGAUAAGCAAGAAACUGGAGGAUUGCGACUCCGCACUCGAAGUGGCCGAGAAUUUCAAGUCGGCCGUGUUGUACACGACUGACUCCUUCCAGAAGAGCUCACUAACGAAAAAAUUGAGUGCCAACAUGAAAUUUCUCAGCGGCUUUGGCAAGAAGCCCCGGUCCAGAAAGCAGUCUGACCAGUGA